AUGUUAGAUCACUCCACGCAGGAUGAAGAGAAAUCAGACCAUGUCAAACACAUUCAAGAGGUUCAAAUUGAAAAUCUAUCCUUGAGCGAGAAGAUUGCAAGCAACAAUGCCACCACAGAUGCGUUUGAGGAAGAAGAUACAGACAUUCAAAUCGUCAAUGAGCUGUCCACCAUGAAAGAUGACCCAACAAUGCCGUGCUUCACAUUGCGCGUGCUGGUAACAGGCGUGGCACUGGCAUGUCUCAGCUCAUCAGUGUAUCAAUUGAUGUCCUUUAAGCCUGUAGGGCUGCCUUUGACAAACACCUUCAUGCUCAUGAUUGCCUACGUCUUUUGCACUGCAUGGACCAAAUACCUGCCAUCAGGAGGCUGGCUGAAUCCUGGCCCAUUCAACGUCAAGGAACAUGCUUGUAUCUAUGUCAUUGUAUCAUCUGCCAACACAUCUGCGUAUGCAACCCACAUCUUGGCUGCUCAGAAUCUAUACUACCAAGAUGCUCCUGGCCCGGCUGGCUCCAUCUUCUUGCUGCUGGCUACUCAAAUGGUAGGUUAUGGCAUUGCAGGGCAACUGCGCAACUUUCUAGUGUACCCUGCCAACAUGAUUUGGCCCACAUCCCUGCCCACCGUAUCCUUGCUGAGAACACUCAACUCCAACCAGCAAGAAUCACGAUGGCGUACUCGCUUCUUUUUCAUUGUAUUUGGCUGUGUCUUUGUGUACGAGUUUAUUCCGCAGUACAUGAUGCCCAUUCUAGGUGGCAUCUCCAUCAUGUGCUUGGCCAGAAAUGAUUCAGUGUGGGUGCAGCGUCUGUUUGGUGGAUUAUCCGUAAACGAGGGUCUUGGUAUGUUCCAAUUAAGCUUUGAUUGGAAUUAUUUGUCCAAUUUGAAUCCCUUGGUUUUGCCCUUAUGGGUUCAGUUGAAUAUUUACACGGGUAUUUUGCUGUUGUGGAUUUUGGCACCAUUGAUGUAUCACUAUAACGUGUGGCACGCUCAGAGUUUCCCAUUCCUAUCUAACUCUAUAUUCCAGCUACUCCCUAACGGCACGUCUGUCAUUUAUCCUCAGCAUAAAGUGCUGGCUCCUGACAACUCAUUGAAUCAAACGGCAUUAGAAGCGGUAGGAAGGCCAUACUUUUCAAGCUGGGGCGCCAUUCAGUACAUUAUCAUUAAUUUUGCCGUUACUGCUUCCAUCACGCACAUUGCCUUGUUUCAUGGACAAGACAUUUGGAAGAGCAUCAAGGCAAGCUUAGUAGAGUUCAAGGCAAGUAGACGAGUCUACAAGCAGCAUCAACAGCAGCAGCAAGAUGGUCCUGUGGUUCCAACCUGGUGGUAUUAUAUUGUCUACUUUGGAGGCAUGGCAUUGAACGUGGCUAUUGCUUAUAUCAAUAAGAGCCAAUUGCCUUGGUGGGGCGUCGUUAUGGCUAUUGCCAUGUCCACUCUCUUGUCGUUACCAUUGAACAUGAUUACGGCAAUCACAGGCACUGGUUUUGGUCUGAAUGUGUUUGCAGAAAUGAUAUGUGGGUUUGUUCUGCCUGGACUGCCAGUGGCCAACAUGUACUUCAAGACGCUUGGAUACAACACGCUUAGUCAAGCAGGCAUCAUGGCGAGUGAUUUGAAGAUUGGCCAUUAUCUAAAGAUACCUCCUCGUGCAGUAUUUUUGAAUCAAAUGUUGGGAACAUUCAUUGGUUGCAUAUUUAACUACAUUGUCAACCAUAGUGUGGUCAAUUCUCAACGAGAAGUGCUGCUGAAUCCAACAGGAAGCAACAUCUGGAAUGGAUCCACCCCACAGACAAUCAACUCUGCAGCCAUCACUUGGGGUAUUUAUGGCGCGAUUGGACCUUUCGCUAUGUUUGGCCCAGGAACAGACUAUUCCAUCAUCUUGUGGGCAUUUCUGAUUGGAUUCACGCUACCAGUGCCAUUCUGGCUGUUGCAUCGUCAUUAUCCCAGAACCGGCUUUAAAUACGUGAAUAUGCCCAUGGUGCUCAUAGGUUUGACACAAGUCCCUGGUAGUGCUACAAGUUGGAUCACUGUCUCUUUUAUCAUUAUCAUAGUGUCUCAAUAUUAUGUCAAGAGACGUUACAGAGAUUGGUUUGUAAAGUACAAUUACUUGAUUUCAACAGCACUUGAUUCAGGUACAUCGCUCAUGGUAUUUAUCAUUGCAAUGGGUCUUUAUGGUGGUGCGAGUGGUGUUUCUUAUCCUUUUCCUACAUGGUGGGGCAAUAGAGAUGAUCUAAAAUACAUGGACCAUUGUUGUGCCAAUUGUACCUAA